AUGGCCGAGUAUCUUCACCUGAUCGGCUCGGCGCCCGACUCCAGCCUCUUCAGCUUUCCUCCCACAAAUGCGCCGGCCCCAAUCCCUCCUGUCGACGUUGCCACAUCCAUCCUGCGCCCAUUCAACAUCCCUGGGCACAUCUACACAGCUGCUCUCGACGCCAAGGUCCCCUUGACCAUUGCUACCCUCUACGCUGUCACUGUCAAGAGCCUCAACAUCUACAACAAGUCUCACGGCAAGAAGGCCUGGGCAAUCAGCAAGACCGGUCCCUUCCGCGUCUUUGUCGUCCUCCACAACAUCUUUCUCGCCGUCUACUCGGCAUGGACUUUCUGGGGUAUGCUCGGUGGUAUGAGGAGGAGCAUUCUGAACCCAACCGGUCCUCAGGGUCUUGCCGGCACCGCUGACAGCUUCUGCCGCCUUCACGGCUCUCAAGGUCUCGGAAACUCUGUUUACUACAACGAGACCUCGAGCACAUUUGUUACUAUUUCUGAGCAUGCCCCCAUUGUCAAUGGCCUUCCCAGUGGCACAGAGGCGGGCCGUCUCUGGAACGAGGGCUUGGCUUACUAUGGCUGGAUCUUCUACCUCAGCAAGUUCUACGAGGUCCUUGACACCUUCAUCAUCCUUGCCAAGGGAAAGCUUAGCUCUACUCUGCAGACCUACCACCACGCCGGUGCUAUGAUGUGCAUGUGGGCUGGCAUGCGCUACAUGUCUGCUCCCAUCUGGAUGUUUGUCCUGGUUAACUCGUUCAUUCACUCUCUGAUGUACUUCUACUACACUCUGACUGCUUUCUCGAUUCGGGUUCCUACCCCCAUCAAGCGCACUCUCACCUCGAUGCAAAUUACUCAGUUCCUUGUUGGCGCCUCUUACGCCAUGGCUCACUCCUUCGUCUCUUACACGGUUCCCAUCACCAUCACUCGCACGCAGACACACGGCGAUGCGGCUACUGCUACUUCAUCCGACUCGACUCUCGAGACUGUUGCUGCUAGCGCCAUUGAGUCACUUAGGCAAUUUAUCUGGGGAGCUGCUGAGGCUGCUGGCGGUGAGCCCGUCGUCUCCCAAGCUGCCGGUGCCCACAGCACCGUGACCACCGAGACUCGGUAUAUCACUCAGCCUUGCGUCACCACGACCGGCGAGACCUUUGCCAUCUGGCUCAAUGUGUUGUACCUCGCCCCCCUGACGUAUCUUUUCGUCAGCUUUUUCAUUGCCAGCUAUGUCAAGCGCAGCAACGCUGCAGGCAAGAUCUCUCGAAAGGGUGCUGCCCCUGAUGUUAAUGCCAACGUCGCCCUCGCCGAGAAGGCUGGCUGGGAUGCUGCCAAGGGCCUCGAGAAGGAGAUCUACAAUGGCGAGAGCAUGGUCAACGGCUCUUCUGAUGAGGCCUCGCGGGCUUCAACUCCCAAGAAGUCCAAUGGCAAGUCUCGAAGAAAGGCUUAAAGGUGCUAUCUACAGGAUAGCGAGUAAGCCAUGAUGGAACGCGGUAAAAGAAUAUGACGGGCUUGGAAUGCCCUUUUGGAUGGACACGACGUGCUCUCUUGGCCUGUUUUCCUAGCGUAUAGACGGAAAAAGCGUGGAUGUUUGUGUGUUUAUUUAUGAGCGUUAUAGGAUUUAUGGUGAAAAGAGAGAUGAGAAGAGAAGAGAGAAAGGCGUUAUAUCACAUGUCCACCGGUUUCCUCUUAUAUAUAGAUCUCCAAUCCUUGGACCAAUCUCACAUGGAAAGACUUGCUCCAUAUUGCCAUGCCCUGAACAACUACACCCGGCUCAUGUAGACUAGGUUCUGCUAUAUGUCUGAAACUCUAUGGAAUGUG